AUGCCCAUACAUGUGCAGACAUCACCAUUCACACACAAUGAUGCACAUACACCCGUAAAAGCACACGCGAGGCCGUGCACACACAUCCCCGUGUCGUGCCGCGUGCAGGAGUUCGACCCAGCCGAGUUCUACCAGCUGCUGGCGGCGGCCGCGGGCCGAGCGCGCGCGGGGCUGCUCAAGAGCGACAUCCCCCGCUACAUCAUCGCGCAGCUGGGGCUGGCGCGCGACCCCUUCCCCGUCGUGGUGCGGCUCGAGGAGCCCGACAGCGGCGGAUCCAACACGCCCGACACCGAGGAGGGGGCUGAGGGCCGCGGCGCUGUCCCCAGGGCCAAGAAGCCGCCAGGCGAAAGUGACUUCGAGACCAUCAAACUCAUCAGCAACGGGGCCUACGGGGCCGUGUACCUGGUGCGGCACCGCGAGACGCGCCAGCGCUUCGCCAUGAAGAAGAUCAACAAGCAGAACCUGCUGCUGCGCAACCAGGUGCAGCAGGCGUUCGUGGAGCGCGACAUCCUCACGUUCGCCGAGAACCCCUUCGUCGUCAGCAUGUUCUGCUCCUUCGAGACCCGCCGCUACCUCUGCAUGGUCAUGGAGUACGUCGAAGGCGGCGACUGCGCGACGCUGCUCAAGCACAUCGGGGCGCUGCCCGUGGAGCUGGCCCGGCUCUACUUCGCCGAGACCGUCCUGGCCCUCGAGUACCUGCACAACUACGGCAUCGUGCACCGCGACCUCAAGCCCGACAACCUCCUCAUCACCUCGCUGGGUCAUGUGAAGCUCACGGACUUCGGCCUCUCCAAGAUGGGGCUCAUGAGCCUCACGACCAACCUGUACGAGGGCCACAUGGAGAAGGGGGCUAAGGAUGGGCCCGGCCCCCAGGUGUGCGGCACCCCCGAGUACAUCGCGCCCGAGGUGAUCCUGCGCCAGGGCUACGGGAAGCCCGUGGACUGGUGGGCCAUGGGCAUCGUCCUCUACGAGUUCCUCGUGGGCUGCGUGCCCUUCUUCGGCGACACCCCUGAGGAGCUCUUCGGGCAGGUCAUCUCCGAUGAGAUCCUGUGGCCGGAGGGGGACGAGGCGCUGCCCCCCGAUGCCCAGCACCUCAUCUCCUGCCUGCUGCAGCCCGACCCCCUGCUGCGCCUGGGCGCCGGGGGGGCGCAGGAGGUCAAGCUCCACAGCUUCUUCGCAGCGCUCGACUGGUCGGGGCUGCUGCGCCAGAAGGCCGAGUUCAUCCCGCACCUCGAGUCCGAGGAGGAUACGAGCUACUUUGACAGCAAGUGCCCCCCCCCGGACCGCCGGGACCCCCCCGGACUGGUGGUUCCUGGUCCCGGGGUCCCAUGGCGGGAGCGGUGGUGGGUGCCGGGUGCCUUGGCAGUUCCUGGCUGGGGGGAGGGGUCGCCGCGGUCGCUGUCAUCGGGGCCGUCGUCACGGGACUCGUCCCCGAGCCGGGAGCUGGCGCCGGCCGUGGGCGCCCCCCGCGCGCCUGUCGCCAUCGAGCGCGCGGGCAGGAAGUGCGGGUUCACCCUGCGCGCCAUCCGGGUGUACCUGGGGGACAGCCACCUGUACAGCGUGCAGCACCUCGUCUGGCAUGUGGAGGAGGGCGGCCCAGCGCAUGAGGCCGGGCUCUGUGCGGGCGACCUCAUCACCCACGUGAACGGGGAGCCCGUGCACGGGCUGGUGCACACGGAGGUCGUGGAGCUCAUCCUCAAGAGCGGGACGCGGGUGCUGGUGACGACGACGCCCUUUGAGAACACGUCAAUCCGCGUGGGCCCCGCGCGCCGCGGGCCCGGCCCCGCCAAGAUGGCGCGAAGGAACCGCCGCGCCGGAGCCAAGGAGGGGCAGGAGCGGUGCGGGGGCGGAGCCAUGGGAGCGGGGCGGGACUUCGGGGGAGGAGCCACGGGAAGGGGCCGCUCGCUCUCGUCCAGCGACAGCCUGCCCGGCUCGCCCACGCACGCGCGGGCCGUGCGUUCGCCCACGCAGCCGCCCCGUGCCACCGACGCCG